AUGAACAAUCGCGAUCCCUCAUUUUACGUCUUUAAAAGAUCGCAAAAAUAGUUUAAUCGUUCUAGAAUUGCAGAACAAUUGUUUCCCCUUCGAUCAUCAAUCUGAAAACCCUUCAACCAACGAAAGAGAAAAGAAAAUCACCAGAACCAUCACUUCACAGAGGGGGGUAAUCGUGUUCUUCAAGUUAUCUUGAAGGAGAAGCCAAAGUGGAAGGAAAGAAUAUUUGGGGAGAGCCCAAUCUCUCUUCUCUCGUUCUGAAUUGAAUUCGGGUGGUUCUUGCAAAUUCUUGGAAAUAUGAAUGAUCUUAUGACCAAAUCGUUUCUCAGCUAUGUGGAGUUGAAGAAACAGGCACUGGAGGACCUCGAAGCCGGACCCGACACUGAGAUGGGGCGACUCGGCCCCACGGAUGAAGAAAACUUUGCCCAGUUCUUUGAAGAAGUUGGUGCAAUAAAGGAUGAGAUGGAAGUGAUCAACAAUCUUCUGCAUGACCUUCAAUGCCUAAACGAAGAGACAAAAUCGACCCACAGUGCUAAAGUCCUACGUGGGCUCAGAGACAGGAUGGAUUCAGACAUGGUGACUGUCCUUCGCAAGGCAAAAAUCAUCAAAGCACGGUUAGAAGCUCUAGACCGAUCCAAUGUAGCCAAUCGUAGCAUAUCGGCAGCUUAUGGAGAAGGAAGUCCUGUUGACCGGACAAGGGUCUCAGUCACCAACGGUUUGAGAAUCAAGCUGAGGGAUAUGAUGAACAAUUUCCAGUCCCUGAGAGAAACUAUCGUCUCGGAUCACAAAGAAGGUCUUAAGCGAAGGUACUUCCACGCGACUGGAGAGGUGCCGACUGAGGAGAUGAUCGAUAAGAUGAUUCUGGCAGGUGGACAAGUCGAAGUAUUUGGAGGCAGAACAGAAUUAAAUUUGGAGAAUCAGGAGAGGCAGGAGGCUGUGAAGCAGAUCCAAAGGAGCUUGACCGAGCUGCAUCAGGUGUUCCUUGAUAUGGCUGUUUUGGUUGAAGCACAGGGCGAACAGAUGGAUGAUAUCGAAGAAAAUUUGGCCCGCGCUGGAAACUUCAUAAGUGGAGGAACCGACCGACUCGUCUCUGCAAACAAAAUGAAGAAGGGCAAAUGGGUAUGUUGGGUUUGGCUUUUGGUGCUUCUCAUUCUCUUGGUUUGCUUCCUUGUGGCUGUCACUUGACGAAAUGAAAUCACCGCAAUGACAACUAGCUAUUUGGUAUA